CAAUCAAUUAUUAAUGCCUUUCCACCAUAAAACUUCUCUCAAAAGGCAUCUUCCCAGUUUUAAUCAUCACCAGAACAAUCUGGGCGCUGUGCACAACUGUCAAACUCUGCUUGCACGACCACCGUUUUGACAUUUACAUACAUAUCGCAUCGCAGUCCCUGUGCGAACGAAAAUAGUGUAGAACGAAUCGAGGAGAGAAAAAAAGGGUAGCUGAAAACGCAUCCGUAUCGCGUAAGAAAAGAGAAGUUUCGAGUGCUAAGCCAUCCGGACGGAAAAGGUUGUUGAUUGCCGGCCAGAUCAUCCAGCAUCCGGUUGGUGUAAUCAACUGUCCCCAGCAAAAAGAAAAGAAGUCUUAGGUUGGGAUUCGUACUUGCGGGACGGCGCGGCAGGGUCAGGAAGAAGCGAAAUGCUUCCUAGAACGCGGUCCGCUUCCUGAACCUCCACCGACCAGUGCGUACCGUGGCGGAUGCACAGCGUAGUUACAUUGCGCGGACAGAAGAAGCGGAGGAUAAAAACAAUCAUUCCGCUACCGAAAAUACGUUCCGUAGGGUUGGACAGUGUAGCAACAACGCUUGCAGCCCUGCCCGAAGGCGGAGAACAGACGGGGCGAGAAAAUUUAUCAUUUUGCUCCUCGGUGUCGUCACACACACCAACGCUACCGCCAACGUCCCUCACGACGUCUUCCUCAUCCUCCUCCACCAUCACCUCCUCCUCCUCAUCGGUCUCCACCGCUUCCGCAACGUUACCAACUGGAGCAGCUGUUCUACCAUCAGCAACCAACACGCAACCGUACAACUAUCAAGCAGCGCCCGCAGAAUUGUCCUCCGGCACUGCAGCAGCAGCAACAACAACCAGUAUCAGCACGCUCGAGACAAUCAGCGAGAGCAAAGGGCGAAAUCGUACCGACCCGUGCGAUAAACCCAGCUCCAUCGGUGGUAACGAGGAGGAGGUGGAGGAGAAGGAGGAAGCGACACUAGGCGAGUACAGCGUCAGCGCACAGGCCGCAGCCGCCGUGUCGGGAAAAACCAGGCGCCGCAACCGGAACCGCAAGCGACCGGAAGAAACGGAGCACCACCUGUCGGAGACCGGCGACAGGCCAGCGGUUAGCACGGGUACGGACGGGGCGGAGGCGGGCUCAGGGCUGGGGAUCGGUGUGGAGGAAGCUGCCGGUAGUUCGGUACUACCGGAUCUGCCGUCUCCCUGUGGUGACGAUCAACCCAAGGAGCUAACCGACGGUACUACCACUCCAGUAACGACGACGACACGCAUCAGUGCGGCAGAAGGGGAAGGUGCCGAUCCCGCCCUCGUGUCCGGCACAACGGCUAUCGAACCCGCCCGUGAAGAAGGCGCAGCCGAAACCGACAAACGGGAGCCCGAAAAGCCGGCGACAGUGCAGGAACGGGAGUGUAAGCCAAGCGACGGCACUACCACACCCCAGCAGCGCACCAGCGCGGACAGCAGCAGCACGUGCGGGUCAGAAAAGGGUGGGCGGGCGGUGGGCGGCAUCGCUGGUGGUGGGGUAGCCGAGCGGCCGGACCGACUCGAACCGAGCGACGACGACGACGACCACAACAAUCAGGGCGAGUCGCCGGAACAGGAAGCAGCAGCACGUUACCCGAACCGUGACACCGCCGAAAUCAUGCCAGUCCGGGUGGACAUUGUUCCGCCGCCGCCCAACAACUCCAAACAGCUCGGCGUCACGAAAUCCCUCCUGUACAAUGGUUCCAAGUUUCGUGGUUCACAGAAAUCGAAAGGCAAUGCGUACGAGGUCGAGGUGGUGCUGCAGCACGUCGACGAGGCAAACUCUUAUCUGUGUGGGUAUCUAAAAAUCACCGGACUAACGUUUGAAUUUCCCACCCUAACGACCUUCUUCGACGGGGAAAUUAUUUCGAAAAAGUAUCCCUUCCUGACACGCAAAUGGGACGCGGAUGAGGAUGUAGAUAGAAAGCAUUUUGGAAAAUUUGCUGCCUUCAGCGAGUACCAAAAGACGUUCAACUCGGACGAUUUUGACUAUGAUGCGUUAGCGAAGAGUGACUACGUGUUUAUGCGCUGGAAGGAACAUUUUUUGGUACCUGAUCACAAGAUAAAGAACAUUAACGGAGCAUCCUUCGCCGGGUUCUACUAUAUUUGCUUCCAGAAAUCGCAAGCCGUCAUGGAGGGUUACUAUUACCAUCGUUCCUCAGAAUGGUAUCAAUCGUUAACCCUUCAACACGUAGCCGAAUCCUGCAUUCAAAUUUACGAGUUUAGAUAAUUCGUUUCGUAACUAAACGACGACCGGUUCACAACCAACGGGGCGGGAGAGGGGGGGGAUUGGAGGUGCAGAGAGGUAUGCAGAACACCUCCUACCCCUCUUCAACUUCCUUUCCAACCACUCUCUCUCUCUCUCUUCCCCGUUGUUUCGUUCGGUUACGUAUUUAAGCUUAUACAUUUGUUUGACAUUUCAAAUUAGGGAACCGUCGGGUUCGCGUUAUAAAUUUAUAUAGUUUCGGGUCGACGGUGUGACGAACAAUGGACAACGAAGCAUCAAUCAUCGAUCAUUACGGUCGAAUUUUCAUUUUACUUCCUUUGGACGCGAAAAAUGCACUAUUACUACCACCAAUCUUGUAGCGAGGGCUUGUCUGGCUCUACUGCUUACUAACAGCGGAAAUGGUCGUUAAAUGAUAUACCAAAAACAAAAAAACCAAUAGCACGGUCACGAAGCACAACGAACAAACCCCGAACUACCCGAUAGCCGAUUUUGUUGCACCGUAGAGUGUUGAGAUUAAUUACAAACAAAAAAGAUACUCAGCAGCCCAUCUAUAAUAUCUUUCAUUAGUGGCGCUUCGUUCGUAAACAACCGCUCAAAUGUGGUGGGUUGUAUGUGUGUGUGAGGGCAGACGGGCUCAUACAAUUUGAGCCAGUAAACAAGACAAAGCUUAUAGUGUUGGGUCAGGUAGCUCUUCGUAAAGAGGAGAGGUCAACUGCUCACUAACAUGUGAGAAGUGAGGCCUCCCGGUAGCUCACCACUCACUGAGGAGAGGUCGAAGAGUGUGAACUCGAGCUCACUACCCAACACUUGCAGCUUAGCAUACGAUAUAAUACUUUCUAAACUUUUUCGUUGUAUUCGUUGGAAAUGGCGCGUGCCUAUAGAAGUACACCGAACCCGGCAUUCUUAACCCAUUAUAUCUUACAAUCUUACCCCCUGUGUUUUUUUUUAGUUGGGCAAUUAUAUCUCCCUUAAGCAAAAUAAGUUAUUCGCGGGUUGAACAAAUAUUAACAUUUGGUUUUUUGUGUGUGUGUGUGCGAGUGUUACCCGGAUACACCCCAAGCUAGAGAAAAGUUGUUCGAUUUUACGGGUUUCGUUUUGAUGUUAAUUUUGUGGCACUUCUCGAACGGUUCCCCCCCCCCCCCUCGAUCCCCAUCUGAGAACUGAUAUCUGAUGCUCUCACUUUAAUAUAUAGAUAUAAAUCGCAAUCGCGUGAGUAAAUGUACAGUUUAAAGAUGUUAAGGUGUUAAAAAUUCACUAGAGCCAGAAGAAACCGCUAAAACGCUAGUGUACCUCCUCUAUUCCCCUACCACCAAGUACGUCCUCCUCAUAUGUUACAGUGGGAUUUUUGUGGGUGGGGGUGGUUAAAAGCAAACUCCUACCAAUAACGAAUAAUACCCAAACGCGUCGAUCGAACGAAAAAGGAACGAAUCGGUGAGCCAAUAAAAGGAAGAAUUAUGGUAAUAUUAAAAGACUGUACUCACAAGCGGGAUGAGCAGGCGCGCGGUGCACAGAGACGAAGAAGAAGAAACAAAAAAAACAAAGGCGCUGUGAAUAGGCGGAACUCUGACUGAAACUGGAAAAUUGGAUAGCAGCGGGUUGGGACGGUCGCUUGAGAAGGCGCGCCACAUUAAUCUAAACCCAGAGAAAGCGUAUAUUAGCGUGAUAGAGUUGUAACCGCGCUACCCGACGGUAACGAAAUACUAAUGCUUCUAACGAUACAACAGAGAAAUUCUUGAUCAUUUUAGUGAGUUUUGCGUCGCAGCAAUGAUUGGUUGGUGGUUGGAACUGGUACAGAACUUAUCGGGAGGAUGCACUCACACAAUCGCAGCAAAGGUCGCGAUUUGAUUAAGUGGCGCUAAUGCGCAUUUGCACCCAAACCACACACACACACACGAGCGGAGCGAAUCGAGCCGUGAGAGUAGUAUGCGCGAAACGAUAAGCUGCAGUAGCAACAAACGCAAUCGAACACAACACAUCAGAUAUUAGUUUGGGCGUUCCUAAUUUCACCUUGCACAUGUAUGCGUUCGGCCGAUCAACCGAUGCUAUAGAGUCGCUUUCAGAUGCCAUCUUGCUAGCCUCUCUAGGGCGUCACUCUCUAGAGCCUGCGGGCGGCUUAUUUGAGGCGCGUUUUUCGAAAAACAACGAAUAUAGUGGCCGAGGCCGGUCUUCACACGACAGGACCCGGGGUUCAAAUCCCAUCCAGACCGCCCCCCCCCCCCCCCCCCGUACUACUUUGCUGCGGGUAAAAUCAAUACACAAAAAGCCAGAAAUGGUAGGCCGAGAGACCUCUUGCGGUUUUGUAGUGCCAAGAAAGAAGAAGCGUUCUUUGCGUUCUAACCUCACGCCAACGCCAACAAUUAAAAGGGAAGGAGGACAUCGCGAUAAAAGACAUCAGAACGGUGAAGCAAGCCAUCCAUCAUGCCAACCGCGCGCAUCUAUUGGGGUUGAACAAAUAUGCUGUAUAAUGGUGAGAUAAUGGUGAGUGGCAUCGGACCCGGGUAAAGAACUUCUUUUUCCUGUAUGGAGGACCUUUAAAAACCCAUUAUCUGUCCCGCUCGAUACAGUCUCGAGAGGUGUAAUAAUGAUGAUGAAGCAUGUGAUUGCGCUAAACCGGAAGUGGCCGGUAAACAGUUUGAAAACCGAGUAGGUCACGAUCAUCCUCCUUCAGAUAUUAGUUAGCAAAAAUUAUGUUUAUUGUGUGUGAGAGAGAGAGCGCGAGAGCGUGUUUUUGUUUGCUUUGCCAAUUUCAAAUUAGACCCGACGGUUGGAAUGCGACUAAAUGUAGAAAGGCGGUAAGGGUUAAACGAAUGGGUAAUUUAUGUAAACUUUUAGUUAUUAAAACACGAAAGGUAUGCCUGGUCUCUGUUUCAAUAAUUGGCGCUUACUGUUUGAAAGGUUCGGCUGAAACCGGAAGCACGCGGGAAAGGUGACAAGUGGAUCCCUCGUUUACGUCCGCCUCUACGCAGGCGAGGCGUGAACGUUUUGUGAAGAAAAACGGAUAAUGUAAAGAAAUAUAUAUAUAUAUAUAUACAGUA